CUCCCGAGUUCAGUCGUCUCCUGGCCGGUGUUGAGUGAGGUUGUAUGACGCUACCGCUCCUGGACACUCUCUGUGAACUUUGAACUGUAUUGAACUUUCUCGUUUAGAGCCCACCGUCAUUCACCUACCUUUAAUAAUUGGAAACUGAUCAUAAGAUGGAAGCGUUCAGAUAACGAGGGAGCGUAGUGGGGAAGAUUUGACGUUGAAAUAAAAGUUUUAUUUAAUUUUGACUUCAGCUCUCAUCAUAGUCAAUAGAGAUCAGUUUAACCAUGGGUGGGCAACAGGUGUGGGCGGUGUGGGUGGUGGUGGCGUGUGUGGGUGUGGUGCUGAGCUUCAACGUCGAGACAGAUUAUUUCGUAGUGCACACAGGACCUCCCGACAGCAAAUUUGGAUUCAGUGUCGCCCAACACCGAGACACCGCGGGCAGCUGGGUACUGGUAGGGGCGCCAGAAGCUCAGACACUACAGCCAGAGAUAGAGCGUGGAGGAGCUGUGUACAAGUGUCGCCCAGCCGUCCCGGGCAACUGUGAGCCUAUUGUUUUCGACAGCACCGGUAACCACUGGGAGUCCGGCCGUCAGGUAGACAACAAGAGUCAACAAUGGUUCGGCGCCUCUGUUACCAGCAAGAGCGGCGUUAUAGUGGUGAGUAAACCAAUGAUGUGA